UCUGCCUUCCAUCACCCUCCCCCUCCCUCUCGCUAGUGGCGGCCGCUCCCCCGCGAUGGCCGCCCCACGGCCGCCGAGGGCGCACUCCGACGGAGGAGACGCCCCCGUCUCCCUAUUCCUCGACACAGACCUCGGCACCCGCCUUGCCCUGCUCGUCGCUCCCGACACCGCAAUCCGCCGCCUAAAGUCGCAGGUGGCCGCGGAGCACGCCGCCGCGUUCCCCGACCUCGGCCCCGUCGCCGUCAAGUCCUUCCAGGUCCUGCGGAAGGGUGUAUUGUAUCACCUCUCUGAUUCAAUGACAGUGACCAGUGCAUUCACCAGAAUCAAGGGUGGGUGUUUUCUUCAUGCCAAAAUUGCAGAGGCAGCAGCGGUGACACAUUGCUGCCAAGACACUCCAGCAACCGAUGGAAGGAGAUUGAGUCAAGGUCGUGUUGGAAUCCACGUAGAGAAGCGUGCUAAGGAGAUGCCUGAGAUUACAUCAAAUAUUGCCAGCGAUGUGCUUCCUCAAGGGCUUGAAGGUGGUGGUGAUUCUGUAGUGUUAAAUAAUGUUCAUGUGCAUGAUGCAGUGCCAUAUAAUGUCCUGGUGCCAUCCUCAUCACAGCUGAAUACUGAAAUAAAGAAGAAUGAAGCAGUUAGUCUAGCGGGUGCUCAAGCAGGAUCUGAUCCAGUUAUUGACAAAGCAAAGAGUUACAGUCGCCAGAUAAAACAUGCUAAUCAAACUGAAGAUGCUUUUACUAGUUUCACAACCAUGGCAAAUGUCGAUAAAUCUUCAAAUCAAAGCAAUAUGUCACAUGUUGUGGAGGAGAUACAAGGAAAGGAAGAUAUUUUGCAUGGUGAUGGAGACCAUAAUGUUGGUGGUGUUGUUUCUGGCAACAAGCAAGUCAGGAUAGAGGAGGAAAUGUUGGAAGAGAUACAUGCAGUGGCGGAUCUUCCUCAACAAAAGGAAUGCAAAAAAGCUAAGAGGGCUGGUUCAUUUGAUACAUCAGCUGCAGAUCCUAUCAGAAUAACUAGUGGGUCUGACACCAGAGAUAUUGCUAAAUCAAGUAGGGCUCCACAGGAAACAAACACUACUCAUGGGGAACAUUCAAAUACUUCUUUUCAGCAAGAAGUCCAUGGCAAUGUUGAUGAGGUUUCCAUCCAGAAAGAAAGUCCAAGAACUGUUGGAAAGAAGGAAAAGAAAAGGCGUCAGUUGGCCCCUCCAAAAACUGUUUCUACUCAAGAAACGACAAAACCAUCAACCGGGGCAGUGGAGUUAUCAAAAUCCACAGGUGACCAGGCAUACACUGUUGAAUUGACUGGCAGAGAUGAAGCUGAAGUGAGAGCAUCUGAUUUGCCUCUUUCAUCAUCAGAACUCAAUGGUGGAAUCCAGGGUCCCAAAGAUGUUGAGUUUGUGAGCGAUGCUCAGGCAUCUACUGAUCUAAUUUCUGAACAAGAGAAUUUUGAUCAUGUGCGUAAAGGUUAUAAAAAUCAUUCCAUGGGGGAUGUCAUUACUUCCACAGCUGAAGUUGUAGUUACUGAAGGAAAAACUACAAAAGGAAGCAACGCCCCAUGGGAUGGAGGGGAGAAGCAUGAAGAAAUCAAACAACAUAAACACAAUGAGGGCAGUCAUGAUGGUGUAGCUGAAACAAGCAAUGUGGAGAAAGAUGACAAAAGUACAUAUACCUUGGAGAAGAGGCACAGAAAUGAUAACAUUUCUCAAGAGAAGAAGCGCAGGAAAGCAAAGAAGGUUAGUUCUGUUGACAUGGCUUCCAUGGAUACUGCUGAUGAAAAGAAGAUGCAUGGCUAUAGAGAGAAUGCAGCCAAAUCAGGUACAGUUUCUACUGAAAGGGAGAUUGUCCAUUACCCUUCUAUGCGACAGAUCUCAAACAAUGUGCUGCAAGGGGAUUCUAAUAGUGGUGAUGGAAAGCGAAAGAAAAAGAGAAGACGCCAGUCAGAAUCCUUGAAGGGUGUUGAUCCUAGCCAAAAUCUGACAAAAUCAUCUGGCUUUGUUAUGGAUGAAAGCUCAAUACAACACACAAAUGCUGCUCACCUAGAUGCAAAGCAAACAACACAGGGCAGUAUAGAAGGAGCAACAGUUAUUGAUCAAAAGAUGAUUGGUGGAAGCCUGGAUAUAGUGGCAGCAAAUGUGAUUGAUGAGCUAUUGACAGAUCUAAGAUCUAAAGACAGCUUAAGUAAGGAUUUGGAUGGAGAUAUGUUAACAGAACAAACUCACCUAGGAAACAAUCAGAAUGCACUAGAACUACCUGAAUCCACUGGGGAUAAAGCUAGUUUUAGUGCAGCAUUGCCUCCAAAAUACCCUGCAGCAAUUCACUCUGAUGCUCCUGUCAGCUCACCUAGACAUAAGAAGUCUAAGGGGAAACAAGUGAAAGUACUGUCAACCAUGAUUGACUCAUCUCAUUAUUCAAGUGCUGUGCCUGAAGAAGACGCUAAUACAGAAUUGAAAGAGUCUGAUUCUUUGAGGUUUUCUGACAAAACAAGUGAACAUAAUAAGGAUAGUUUAACUGGAGAUGUAAUAGCACAAGCUGAUGAUAAAACCAAAGCCACUAAACGUCAAAGAAAGAAGGUUUCCUUAAAGCAGGUUCCCACAGAUACUGUUAAGGCUACACAAUCUUCGGACGAGCAAGCCAAACAGGUUGCUACAGAGGAAUUGAAGGGGGCGAAUGCUACUCAAGCAGAUCUGGUUCAAGGAGGUUCUAUAAUUGACACUCCUUCGGGUACUGUUGGAAAAGUACAGCAGAAAGGAAAAAGGUCUUCCAAGACUCGGACCCCUAAAAUACAAGAAACUAAUCAUUCUACCCAUGGGCAGGAUAGUCACUUAGCUAAGGACUACCAGGAUAAAUAUGUUAUUGGCAUAACUGGGGCCCAUGGUAAUGAAAAUGCAGAAGGAGCUCCAGCAGAAUUGCCUGUCGUUCAGGAAGAUGCUAUGACUCUCAAAUCUGCCAGCCCUAAUGCUAGAAAAGAAAGGAAUAAGUCUUCAAAAACUGAACUUCAGAAUUGGGAUUCUGCUCCGGAACAUGGUUCCAGUGCAGAUUUGGUGAACUUGAGGGCUGAAAAGUGUAUGGUUAGUCCUAAAAAUUCUGCUGACGCUGUUGAACCAAAUUAUCAUAUCGUGAUUCAUCCUGCUAGUGAUGAAAUCAAUUUCCUUGACCAUUUUAGCUCCAGCAAGAUGAAUGAUCCGUCAGUUUCUGCAAAAAACAAACAAAACAAUGAAGAUGAAACUACCAGGGAAGUGAAGAAUAAAAAGAACAAAAGAAAGCAAGAUACUGGUAGCACUGAACCAAAUGAUCUUCCAGAAUCCCUUCCUACGGAUAAAAUUAGCUUAACUGAUUAUUUUGAUGCCAGCGAAGUGGUUGUACCAAUUGUUACAGAAGAAAACAUGAACAGAAAAUAUGAAAAUGUGAAGAACGGCAAGGAGAAAAAGAAAAGAAAAAGGAAACCUAAUUUGGAAGGGCCUGCUGCUGAAAAGGAAAAUACUAAUUGUGAUAAUCAAGGCAGUGAUAUUGGUACCCAAGAUUCGCUUCUUUCUGUUGUGCAAAAAGGAAGAAUGGGGCAGGACAAUGGGAAAGAGAGCAACAAUAAAGUUACUCAGAGUAGCAGUAUAAUGCAACACGAUCCAGAAGAUGCCACUUGCGUUCGUACUCUUGAGAAGAAGCUCCACCGAAGUGAUGUUGAUGGUCAGAACAUUUUACCCAUUGAUAAGGAUCAUGCACAUAUAAGCAAAGAAGGAAGGAAGUCCACUUCUCAGACAAAGCCCCAUGCUAUUAAGGGAAGGGUGGGUCCAAAUCCUAAAGCUGUAAGUAACCUUGUGAAAAGCUUUUCCAUGAGCCCACCAGCAUCAAGUGACAGCACAGAGGGCACACCACAAAAUGCUAACAGAUAUAGAGUUGCAGUACGGAAAGUUCCCAGAAAAAGGUAUGAACAGAGCAGUGAGAAAUCCAAAAAAGAGAGUAGGAAGGUAGGUUCUAGUGCAAUAUUCAACGAUGCUAUCAGUGAAGGCUCUGAUGAUGCAUUGGACACCAAGAGCAAAAAGGCUGCGAUGGAAAAAUCAUCAGAUAAUUCAUCCACAUCUGCUGACUCAGGUGGGAACCUCAAGGAGAUAGUAUCGCAUGGAAUAGGUAUUUCAUCUGCAGCCUAUGAUGAAAGCGAUGUGCCUGAUGAUGAUGGCACUCUAUCGUUAUCACAGAAGAGUCUGAAAGAGGGGCUGCACAUUGGCUCCAUUCUUCGGGGUUCCAGUAGCUACAAGAAGGCGAGGCAGAAGCAAACCGAGCUGUUGGAUGAUGUCACCGAGGUGCCUGAUAGCCAGCCAGCGGAUGGCCUUUGGGACCGAACCUGAUGCUUAAGAGAAGCACGGACCCUGAGCACCUUAGAUGGGCUUUGCAGAGCUGUAGCUGAACCUGUCUUCACGUAAAACGCAUGUCCAACUGUGUAAUUUGUUAAUGGUUUGUUGGUCAUACCAUUAACACGGUUUUGUUGAUGGCCCUCGGUUCAUUUUUUUGCCAGGUUUAAGUCUAUAUUUUGUCAACUAGGGUAUACUUGGUUUUCUUGUCCAUCCUUGCCUAGCAAGGUUAGAGGACAAACUAGCAUCUUUGGUUCAUUUAUUUGGUUUGAAUUUGAGCAAGGUGGGCUAGAAUUUCCUUGCUUUUGAGAGAGCCAAAUUGGCUCUCUUCCCCUACCAAGGUUUGCCUUGCCAAAUCUCGCCAAGCAAAGCUAGUGGGCAGGAAACCAAACAUACCUCUGCCCGAGAAUGAGUGGAUGAUGUUCCUCAAGAUGUACAAUACAACCAUACAUAUUCUUUGUUUCUUUUUCGGGUUUUUUUAGCAUUUGUA